GAUGAAAGUGAAAGAAGAACAAGAUCUGAAUGAAGUGGAGGAGAAGCAUCAGGAUCAGAAAGAUCAUGAUGUCACCACUGGAGAAAAAUCAAUGCAUCAAUCAAUAUUGUUAGUUUCGGAAAAACCCCUGGUGCCACAGUGCACCUCAUGUUGCACUAUGUAUCACUGCAGUUUAUGCCCUGCUCUGAAGCCAACCACCCUGAAAAAAAUCAAGCAACACUGGGAAGGCCAUUUAAAAAAGGCAAUUGUUUUCCAAGACAAGAGAUUAUGUCGUUGCCAUUUGCCCUGCAGAAAUGAGGCUCAUUACCAUUGCCCCAAUUGCAGCAAAACUGUUCUCAGGAGAUAUGUUAUGGAAACUCACCUUCAGAUAUGCUCAUCAUCAGAUGUACCCAUCCAACCUUCUUCAUCCUCUUUGGCUUCACAACCCUUUAAAACAACACCUGCACUGGUUCCUUUGUCAUUUGUAACUCCACCUGCACUGGUUCCCCUGACUGCAGGGACACCUGCACUGGUUACUUUGCCCACAACGACACCUGCACUGGCUCUUCUGUCAUCUGCAUUGACACCUGCACUGUCUCCACUACAUCCUGCAACGACACCUGCCCCGGUUCCUUAGUCCCCAACGACAACUGGGCUAGUUCCUUUGGCCGCAGUGACACCUGCACUGGUUCCUCUGUCCGCAACAACAAAAAGCAAAACUGUGAUUAAAUGCCCACAUUGUUCAGUCACUGUGAUAAAAAAGAACUUGGUAAUCCACAUUAACAGAAAACAUACUGACCAUUCAAGCGAUAUUACAAUGAAAUCACAUCUUUCUAGUGUGUGUAUUGACUCCUCAAAUGGACUGUCGGCAGUUCAAAGAAGUGGUCAUGGUUUCUCUGUACCAGUUCAUGUACAGAGAAAGACGUGGGGCAAAGCUCAUUAUGUUAGGUGUGAGUUGGAGGAAUGUCGCCAAUACCAGCUACUUGCUCACUGGAGUGGACACACGUUUAGUCUUUGUGAACAUCUUCAUUCACUGGAUUAUUGUUCUGAAACAGCAUUUGAGGAGCACUUGGAAUCAAGUGUCCUUGAUGAGAUGGUGAAGCUCAGAUUCAUAGGAGAAGCAAAGAAGGCAAUUUGUUUGAAGAGGCAAAAAUUUGCACAGGCAGCUCAUGUCCCAUUUUCAGUGUUGGUGGCAUUAGGUAAAUCUCAAGAGCAAAUCACCCUCUCCAUACAUGAGCCAAUUAUUCAUCACUACAAUCGCCUUGGAAGAGUAAUGGUCACAUAAAAAUCCUCUGCUGGUACUUGGCACUGCCCAUGUGCAAAGCCCAGAAUGUCUUGCCCUCACAAAAAUAUUACCAAAUGGCACUUAUUUCAAACAAAUAAGAGCUUAUUCACAACAGAGAAAGCUACUAAAUCGAGUGACACCUUGUGUCCACAGCACUCAGAUGAGCACAUCGACACUCCUCCAAUUGACCUUCAAAGCACUGUGGAAAAUAAUGUGACGAGUCGGCUGCCUCCCCCUAAUGAUCAUCAUCACCCUGUCCCUUAAUCGCCACCCUUCGCCAGGCUCCCGACAGGAGUGGGUGCGUGAGAGAGGAGGGGAACUGAA